AACAUGACAUAACUUUCCAAUGGAGAUGAAGCUAUGGGUCUCUUUAAUCGUGGUAUCUGCCAUUACGACCACAGCUUUGGGGGACUUUGGAGGAGCAUUAGUGAAAGGUUUCUACAAAGAGAGUUGCCCAUUAGCAGAAGAAAUCGUCAAGCAUAACGUUGAGGUUGCUGUUCUCAAAGAUCCUCGCAUGGCCGCUUCUCUUCUUCGUCUUCAGUUCCACGAUUGCUUUGUCUUGGGUUGUGAUGCGUCUGUGCUCUUGGAUACACAUGGAGAUAUAUUGAGUGAGAAGCAAGCAACUCCAAAUGUGAACUCUUUGCGUGGGUUUGAAGUAAUCGAUUACAUAAAGUACCUCCUUGAAGAAGCUUGUCCUUUAACCGUCUCUUGUUCCGACAUCAUCGCCAUGGCAGCUCGUGACUCCGUCUUCCUGAGAGGUGGACCAUGGUGGGAAGUAUACCUAGGGAGAAGAGACUCACUCAAGGCAAGCUUCGCCGGCGCAAACCAAUACAUCCCCGCACCAAACACUUCUCUCGAAGGCCUCAUCAUAAACUUCAAGCAACAAGGUCUUGCCAUUCAAGACCUCAUAGCUCUUUCAGGAGCUCAUACAAUAGGUAAAGCGAGAUGCGUGAGCUUCAAGCAACGCAUUGUUCAACCAAACAUGUUGCAAACAUUCUACGUGGAUGAGUUCAAGAGACACAGCACGUUCAGGCGAAUCCUACGGUCACAGUGCAAAGACUCUAGCCGGGACAACGAACUGUCACCGUUGGAUAUACAGACCCCGGCUUACUUUGAUAACCAUUAUUAUAUAAAUCUUUUGAAGGGGAGAGGUUUGUUGAUUUCGGAUAAUGUUUUGGUUAGUGAAGAUCAUGAAGGAGAGGUAUUCAGGAAGGUUUGGGAAUAUGCGGUGGAUCAAGAGCUCUUCUUUGUAGAUUUUGUGGAAUCCAUGUUGAAAAUGGGGAAUAUUAAUGUUCUUACGGGUAUUGAAGGUGAGAUUAGGGAGAAUUGUAGGUUUGUUAAUUUAUGA